AUGGCCUCGGGGGGGCCCGGGGAGCGGCUGUGCGAGGAGGCCAGGUGCCCAGUGUGCCUGGAUUUCCUGCAGAAACCGGUCAGUGUGGACUGCGGCCACAGCUUCUGCCUCAGAUGCAUCUCCGAGUUCUGCGAGAAGUCCGACAGUGCACAGAGCGGCCUCUAUGCCUGUCCGCAGUGCCGGGGUCCCUUCAGGCUGGAGAGCUUCCGCCCCAACAGGCAGCUGGCCAGCCUGGUGGACAGCGUGCGGCAGCUGGGGCUCGGCGCGGGGCCCUCGGGGGCGCGCCUGUGCGUGAGGCACGGCGAGGAGCUGAGUCGCUUCUGUGAGGAAGACCAAGAGGCUCUGUGCUGGGUCUGUGACACCACCCCAGAGCACAGGAGCCAUCGCACAACACCGCUGCAGGAGGCCGCCAGGUGCUACCAGGUAAAGCUCCAGAUGGCCCAGGAACAUGUGAGGAAAGAGAUGGAGGAAGCCUUGACUCAGGAGGCCAAUGUGGGAAAGAAAACUGUCAUUUGGAAGGAGAAAGUGGAAACGCAGAGGCAACGCUUCAGGUUGGAGUUUGAAAAGUAUCGUGGCUUACUAGCCCUGGAGGAGCAACUGCAGCUUAGAAGACUGGAGGAGGAGGAGCGAGCCACCCUGCAGAGACUGCGGGAGAGCAAGAACCGGCUGGUUCAUCAGAGCAGGGCCUUGAAGGAUCUGGCAGAGGAGCUGGAGGAGAGGUGCCAGCGCCCAGCCCUGAGCCUGCUGGAGGGUGUGGGAGGAGCCUUGAGCCGAAGUAAGAGUGUUACACGGCUGGAUCCGGAGACCAUCCCCAUGGAGCUGAAGACAAUGUGUCGCAUCCCUGGGAUGAGGGAAAUGUUGAGAAAGUUCCAAGUUGACAUAAAACUGGAUCCCGCUACAGCACAUCCUAGCCUCCUCUUGAUGGCUGACCUGCGCAGUGUGCAGGAUGGAGAACUAUGGAGGGAUGUCCCCAACAACCCUGAGCGAUUUGACACAUGGCCUUGUAUCCUGGGUUUGCAGAACUUCUCAUCAGGGAGGCAUUACUGGGAAGUCGUGGUGGGAGAAAGAGCAGAAUGGGGGUUAGGUGUCUGUCAAGACACAGUGUCAAGAAAGGGGGAAACCACACCAUCUCCUGAGAACGGGGUCUGGGCCAUGUGGCUACUGAAAGGGAGUGAGUACAUGGUCCUUGCCUCUCCAUCAGUUCCUCUCCUCCACCUGGAACGGCCUCGCUGCAUUGGGAUUUUCUUGGACUAUGAAGCAGGUGAAAUCUCCUUUUACAACAUCACAAAUGGGUCUUAUAUUUACACGUUCAAUCACCUUUUCUCUGGUUUUCUUCGACCUUAUUUUUUCAUUUGUGACACGACUCCUCUUAUCUUACCACCUAUGACAGAAGUGGAGUUAGAAAAUUGGGCAUCCAGGGGUCAUUUUCACCCUGCUUCUAACAUUACAGACGAUCCUUCCUAAAAUUCUGUUGCUAAGAUACACCCCAAGCCUAGCAAAGUUUCCUGGGGUAGAAUGGAGGGUAUACAUAUGUGAAGGCUCAACAGAUGUCCCCAUUUAGGUCAGCACUUCAUUCCUUGUCACUAUGGACAUUUUCCCAUGGGGCAAAAGAGAAAAUAUAAAAUAUUUGUGUUUGGACACGGAUUGUAUAGAAUAGUAAUUUUAGAAAUGGAGUAGUCUUACCACUCUUUUUCCCAAAUGGCUCCACAUACUUUCUUGAUGUGUUUUCUUCAAAUGAAUGGACCUCGUAUUAAAGAUAUCUAUACAUUUAUUUUAAUGUCUCAUUCCUUUUAAAAUCUCUUCAUUCCAAUCUUCCAUAUAUUAAGAAUUAGAAAUGGCAAUUCUUAAAUUGGUUCAGAACAGUCCAAUAUUGUUCUAGCAUCAGCUCCGUAAUUCUUUUUCCUCCUCCUUAUUUUCCUUCUCUUAUUCUCUCCUCUUUCUCUGUCUCUCUGCCUCUGCAUCUUUCUGUCUCUGUCUCUCUCACUUUUGCUCUUUAUUGCUUCUUCUUUUCUUGCUUUAUACCUCUUAUUGCUUAUUAACCUUCCAUUUCCUUCUAGAUUAAUAUAUUCAGAACCAUCUCUUUAUAUAUUCAUGAUUCCUAUGACUAUUCAAUUACUCUUUAAAUCCUCUUCACUCAGGGGUCAAUUUUUGAGAAUGAUGAAAUUCAUUCCUCUGAUUCUAAUAUCACUGAGCCCCAUGCCUUAUCCCUUACAAUUUUUUCCUUUAUCUUUGGAUACAUUUUUUUUUAAUUGAAGCAUAGUUGAUUUACAAUAUUGCGUUAGUUUCAGGUGUACAGCAUCGAUACAUUUUUUAGAGUAGCAAUUUCUCAGAAUUAUGAUUCAACUAGUUCUUUGACCUAGUCAUUUACUAGUUGUAAGACUUCAAACAAGCAACCUCUCUCUCUCAGUCUCAGCUACUUAGUAUGAUUCCUGUACAUGGAACAAUGAUAUUGACCUCCCAAUGUUUUGGGAAAUAAGUAAGGUUGUGAUUUAUAUGAUUGGUUUAAAUUCAACUUUACUACUUAAAUACAAUGUAAAAAUGACCAGAAUGAUGAAAUGAUAAUAAUAUUUGACUUAUUUUUAAAGUAUAUUCUGUACAUUUCCAACAAAAUUCUUAAAAAUUAUUGAAAGCUAACUCUGCUACCAUCUUUCUCUAUAUCUAUGUCUAAUAAAUAAUUGCUAACCAAAUGCUAAAAUGCUUAAAUGCUAAAUAAUUAUUAAUUAAUAGAAAAUUUAGAUAACCUUAUCCUGAUAAUAAUCCACCAAGACUUUAAUCCUCUACUUUAACUCUACCUUGACUUUUCUUUUUUUUUUUUUAUUAAUUAAUUAAUUAAUUUAUUUUUGGCUGUGUUGGGACUUCGUUUCUGUGCGAGGGCUUUCUCCAGUUGUGGCGAGCGGGGGCCACUCUUCAUCGCGGUGCGUGGGCCUCUCACUGUCGCGGCCUCUCCCGUUGCGGAGCACAGGCUCCAGACGCGCAGGCUCAGUACUUGUGGCUCACGGGCUUAGUUGCUCCGUGGCAUGUGCGAUCUUCCCAGACCAGGGCUUGAACCCGUGUCCCCUGCAUUGGCAGGCAGAUUCUUAACCACUGCGCCACCAGGGAAGCCCUCUACCUUGACUUUUAAGGAGGCUUUCUCAUCUAGAGAGAUUUCUUUGACUAAAAUCUUUCACAUACUUUGCAAUAACAUUACUAAUUUAGUUUUCUUCCUAUAUUUUUUAAUAUAUUUCUUUUCAGACUUUUUACAUUUGGAGGAACAUUAUGGAGUAUAAUAAUUUUAGAAAUAGCAAAAUUUUAUCAAACUGUAUUUCCAGAUGACUCUACAUAUUUUAUUGAAGGGGCCUUGUAUUAAACAAAGAUUUCUGUAUAUUCAUAUUUGAUACAUGUAUAUUUGAUCAUGAACAAACAAUUCUCCUCUUUGUCUCUUUUGGAAACAGAGGUAAUAAUAAUGUACCCUUACAUCCCUCUUGUUGAUAUUUUAUAUACCAUGAAUUCUCUAGGCCUUUUCUAUUCAUGAUCUAAGUAGAAACUGGCUCAUGCAGUGGGUCUCAGUUCAUGCUUCCCCAUCAUCAGGGCUUAAAUGAGGCAUGACAACUUAUUGUAACACCUGAGUAUUCAUAUCACUAUAGGGCCAGCAAUUAUGACAGGAGUCAUGACAGAGAACAUACACUCAGAGCAGUAGAGCCCCUUCCCCAUAGGGAUCAAGAGGGUCACUGGUCUAAGAUCAUGUCACCCCUGGGGGCUCCACCCAUUCACCAGGACAAGGAAGACUCAUGGCCUCAGGCCUGCUACCCUCUUCAAGGGGUGGAAAGGGAAUCCCAAGAAUGCCUCCUCCCUACCAAGAAAGCUAACAUCCUAGUCUCCACUGUCAUCCUUUAAUCCUAUUAUCUCAAUGUGCAUCUUAUCAUGAUGUAUGUUAGUUACUAAACCAACUUAAAUCUUUCUUCAUCCCUUGCAUUCCAAGUUUCACAAAGCUUUGUGCAUCUCCUAUUAUAAUCCCUACUCCUUCCCUUCCCAAUUCCAUACACACACACACACACACACACACACAUACACACACUCACUCACACACAUUCACUCAUACACAAUACACAGAAUCUUUUCCAGUGGAUAAAGACUCCAUUUUUUCAGUUACUCAGGCCAGCAAUCUGGCUAACUCCUUUCUUGAUUUUACUUUCUCGUAUCUAGUCCAUCAGUAAGCCCUGCUGGCUCUACCUUCAGCAUAUAUCUAGAGUUCAGCCAGAACUAACCUAACCACUCUGCUGCUAUAACCAUCAUCUUAACAUCCAUUCUCUCCCUCUGGGUUAUUACAUUAGUUUCCUAACAGUAAUCCUGGCUUUACCUCAGCCACUUCUGUGUCCUUUCUCAAUGCGCAGCCAGGCUGAUCCUUUUAGCACCCAAGAUUGUAGUACCAUUGCAGUUACCUUCCAUUCAACUUAUAGUUAUAACCAAAAUCUUUGCAACAAACCCUCAGACCCUAGAAGAUCUGAGCAUAAGUUCCUACUCUGAUUCUGACUCCCUCCCCUUACUUCCCCUUUUAUUCUUCUCCAUCUAUUCUGGCCUCCUGGCUGGGUUUACACCACCAGGCACUUCCUACUAUUGGGCCUUUCUCCCAGCUGUGCCUUCUACCUGCAAUUUCCUUUUCCCAGACGCCUCUUUAAUUCAUUCCCUUUCUUUCUUUAAGCCUGCUCAAAUUCAGCUUCUCACUGAGAACCAUACAACCUGACCUACCCCAGAACCCACCCAGAGCUUACCCUCCCACUCCCCUUCACUGGGCCCAAUGGAGGCUCUUUUCUUCAAUAUAGUACUUAUCAGCUUCUACUAUAUUUUAUUGUUAUCCUAUUUAUUGGGUUUAUUUUUAUUUAUUUAUUUAUUUUUGCUUUUGCCUUUUCUGGAUAGAAUGUAAGCAUCCUGAGGGGAGGGAUCAUUGUCUAUUGAUAAUGAUAUAUCUGACAUAUCUCAAACACCUCAAGUACUGGUUUGUAUGUGGUUAUCACUCAAUGCAUAUUUGUUGAAUAAAUAAAUGAUUAACUUUUGGUGGACAGAAUUAAA